AUGGCCUCCCCACGUCAGGUUUAUUUGCUUCCAUUGAAGGAUGACGGUUCUCCAGACGUGCCCGGUGGGUACAUUUACCUGGCCCCUCCGCCCAAAUCUGGAUACGUGCUUCGGUUCAUCAUCGAGGGAACGAGCUCCAUUUGCCGACAAGGCAGUCUCUGGGUGAAUAUCCCCGAGGAGGGAAAGCCCUUCGAACGUUACUCAUUCCGGGAGUUCAGACUGCAGCCCAACUUCAAUGAGAACAUCCAGAUCGAUAUCCCCGUGACAUUCGCGGGAGCCUAUGCUUUCUACACAACAUUCUCUCCGCUGCCCGAGUUCUCAGUCGAGGAGGUGUCUGCCCCGAAGCCGACUCAGACCCCUGUUCACUACAUUGAUGUGUCGCCCAAACUUACCCUUCAGGGGAAAGACUUGCCGCUCAAUGCACUCUCUAUUUUCUCGAUGAUCUCAAAGUUCAUGGGUCAGAACCCCACAGACUGGGACAGACACCUUCGUGGAAUUGGUCAACGGAACUACAAUAUGGUUCAUUUCACACCCCUCAUGCAGCGUGGCUCGUCCAACUCGCCCUAUAGUAUUUUUGAUCAAUUGGAAUUCGACAGCGCGUUUUUCCCUAAUGGAGAGGAUGAUGUCGCUUCAUUGGUCGCGAAGAUGGAGAAAGAUUAUGGCCUUCUCACAUUGACUGAUGUGGUCUGGAACCACACAGCUAAUAAUAGCAAGUGGCUGGAGGAGCAUCCCGAGUCUGGAUACAGUGUGGAGACCGCGCCAUGGCUGGAGGCAGCCCUUGAGCUGGACUCGGCGCUUUUGAAAUUUGGCGAGAGCCUCCAGGAUGUCGGUCUUCCGACAGAGUUCAAGACGGAGGAAGAUCUGGUGACAGUCAUGAACGCGGCGCGCAAAGAAGCCAUUGAUGGAACUCGUCUAUGGGAAUUUUAUGUUCUCGACGUGAAGAGUGACGUUAAGAAGAUUCUGGACGAAUGGAUCAAUGCAAACAUUGAUCCUGCGCUCGUCGAACGGGACGAGAUGCAGCAGUUCAAAAACUGGUCGCUCACGCAACAAGCCAACGUUCUCCGAGAGCUUGGAAUUCCAUCCGUCAGGCAGGUUCUCGGACGUUUUGGCCGCACCGUCGACCCAAGCUUUGGAGCAGUUGCUUUGAAUGUGCUUUUUGGGGAUUACAAUGAGGGACACACCAACCUCGCCGAGGUUGAAGACUCCUUGUCCCAGCUCCUCGAUGAGGCCAAUUUACCAUUCUACAAAGAAUAUGAUGCAGACGUUGAUACUAUUAUGGACCAACUGUUCAAUCGCAUCAAGUAUCUCAGAAUUGAAGACCAUGGUCCUAAGAUGGGUCCUGUCACCAAGAAAAACCCAUUGAUUGAGACUUACUUUACCCGCCUUCCUCUCAACGAUGUCACGAAGAAGCACGACCCCAAAGCCCUGGCUUUGGUCAAUAACGGUUGGAUCUGGAAUGCCGACGCCAUGAAAGAUAAUGCCGGGCCCGAUUCCAGGGCCUACCUACGCCGCGAAGUUAUUGUGUGGGGUGAUUGCGUAAAGCUUCGAUACGGAUCCUCUCCCGAGGAUAGUCCUUUCCUCUGGGACUUUAUGACGCGGUAUACCCGCCUUAUGGCCAAGUUCUUCAGUGGUUUCCGAAUUGAUAAUUGCCAUUCGACGCCACUAGUGGUUGCAGAAUAUUUGCUGGACGAAGCUCGCAAAGUCCGGCCUGACUUGACUGUGUUUGCGGAACUCUUCACGGGCUCGGAGGAGGCCGACUAUGUCUUCGUCAAACGCUUGGGCAUCAAUGCUCUGAUUCGCGAGGCUAUGCAGGCUUGGAGCACAGAAGAGCUGAGUCGCCUUGUUCACCGUCAUGGUGGUCAGCCAAUCGGUAGCUUCGAAAUGGAUUUACCUUCUGCUGGCAGUAGUCAUGCCAUUGCGUCAGCUAGGUCUGGCAAGACUGACGAAAGGAUCACUCAUAUUCGGCCCUGUCCAGUGCCGGCCUUGUUUAUGGACUGUACCCAUGACAAUGAGCUGCCUGCCCAGAAGCGCGACGCCAGGGACACUCUUCCAAAUGCUGCCCUUGUGGCAAUGUGUGCCUCCGCGACUGGAAGUGUGAUGGGCUACGACGAGGUGUAUCCCAAACUCAUCGAUCUCGUCCACGAGACUCGACAAUACGCCUCUCACUCCUCUGAUUCCGAGAGUCUGGUUGUUGGAUCUGGAGAGGGCGGGAUUGGUGGUGUCAAGAAGCUUCUGAAUGAACUCCACACUAUGAUGGGAGUUGAAGGCUAUGACGAAACUCACAUCCAUCACGAUGGUGAGUUCAUCACUGUCCACAGAGUCCACCCCAAAACCAGAAAAGGUAUCUUCUUGAUCGCACAUACCGCAUUCCCCGGCAAUGAGAGUGGCGCCAUUCUCGCUCCUACUCAUAUUGCCGGUACCAGUGCCAAGAAUAUCGGAACGUGGCAGCUUGAGGUUGAUGCCAACGAUGAAACAAAGGCGAAGGUCCUGGCAGAUGACAAGUACUUGAAAGGUCUUCCCAGCCGUACCCAUGACAUAGAAGGCACCAAGAUCGAGCAAAACGACAAAGGUGUCAAAAUCUCCGUACUGGGAUCUCUUGUUCCUGGGUCUAUCGCUCUUUUUGAGACAUGGAUUCCCGGCGCAGAUCAUGCCGAUGGGUUUGAAAACAACCUCGCUAAUGGCGCGGACGACGCAUUCUCUGAGCUCAGCUUGGUUGAUCUGAACUUUGUGCUAUACCGGUGCGAAGCUGAAGAGAGAGACUCUAGCGACGGUCAGGAUGGCAUUUACACCAUUCCAAAGCAUGAUCCUAUGGUCUAUGCUGGUCUUCAGGGCUGGUGGAGUGUCCUUGAGGAUAUCAUCAAGUAUAACCAACUAGGCCACCCACUCUGCGAUCACCUGCGAGAGGGUCAGUGGGCUUUGGAUUACAUCAUUGGUCGCAUGGAGAAGGCGGCUUCCAAGGAAGGAUAUGUUGCCUUGAAAAAGCCUGCCGCAUGGCUUCGUGAGAAGUUCGACACGGUCCGCAACUUGCCCAACUUCCUUUUCCCAAGGUAUUUCGCAAUCAUUCUGCAGGUUGCAUACAAUGCUGCGUGGAAGAGAGGUAUUCAUCUCCUUGGAGACAAUGUGCGGCACGGCCAGGAAUUCAUUCAUCAAUUGGCUAUGGUCAGCGUUCAGCAAACUGGCUAUGUGAAAUCCGCAUCCUUGUGGCCCACCAAGAUGGUCCCCAGUCUUGCAGCCGGACUACCUCAUUUUGCAGUUGACUGGACAAGAUGCUGGGGAAGAGAUAUCUUCAUCUCUAUCCGUGGCUUAUUCCUUUGCACUCAACGGUUUGAUGAUGCUAAGGAGCAUAUUAUCGCUUUUGCGAGUGUGCUCAAGCAUGGCAUGAUUCCCAAUCUGCUGAGCAGCGGAAAAUUGCCAAGAUACAAUUCUCGGGAUUCCGUCUGGUUCUUCAUGCAAAGUAUCCAGGACUUCAUUGAAAUGGCACCCAACGGCAUUGAUAUCUUGCAAGAGAAGGUUCCAAGACGAUUCCUGCCUUAUGACGACACUUGGUUCCCCUUCGAUGAUUCUCGGGCAUACUCUCAGUCUCCGACUCUUCUUGAAUGCGUGCAGGAAGUGUUCCAAAGACACGCUUCUGGCAUGUCUUUCAGAGAAUACAACGCUGGUCCCGAUCUUGAUUGUCAGAUGAAGCCCGAAGGUUUCCAGAUCGACGUUAAGGUUGACUGGGAAACGGGUCUGAUUUUCGGUGGCAACCAGGAUAACUGUGGUACUUGGCAAGACAAGAUGGGAGAAAGCACUAAGGCUGGAAACAAGGGUUUCCCUGGCACUCCCCGCGAUGGUGCUGCUAUCGAGAUCACCGGUCUCGCCUACAGCGCUCUGGCGUGGCUGGCACGUCUCUACAAAUCGAAGUCGUAUCCUCAUGAGGGUGUGGAUAUCGGCGAUGGUAAGAAGAUUACUUUUGCUGAAUGGGCCCGCAAGAUCAAGGACAACUUCGAGCGGUGCUACUUUGUUCCCCUCGAUCCCAGCGAAGAUAGUCAGUACGACGUGGACGCGAAAAUCGUCAACCGCCGAGGAAUCUACAAGGAUUUAUACAAGUCUGGCAAGCCCUACGAAGACUACCAGCUCCGUUCCAACUUCCCCAUCGCGAUGUCAGUCGCUCCAGAGCUAUUCACGCCCGCAAAGGCUCUCGUCGCUCUAUCGAUUGCCGACUCCGCAAUUGUGGGCCCUGUGGGCAUGGCGACACUGGACCCAUCCGAUCUCAACUACCGUCCAAACUACAUCAACUCCGAUGACUCUGAUGACUUUGCAACUGCUAAAGGUCGCAAUUACCAUCAGGGUCCGGAGUGGGUCUGGCAACGUGGUUAUUUCCUCCGUGCUCUAUUGCAUUUCGAUCUCCUGCGCCGAAAGACGCCCGAGGAACGAACUGAAUGCUUCCAGCAAGUCACCCGACGACUUGAUGGUUGCAAGAAGGCAUUGCGGGAGAGCCCUUGGAAGGGGCUAACAGAGUUGACGAACAAGGCUGGGGAGCACUGUAAUGAUUCGUCACCCACGCAAUCCUGGUCCGCAGGAUGUCUGCUUGACCUCUACUAUGACGCAUCGAAGCAUUCCUAG